GGCCAAAGGCCUAAAAAAUAGCUUUAAAUCAAAGUAUUACAAGGAAGCUAUAUGCUUCAUUGCCUUGAAGUUUAAUAUUUUAUAAGUCAUGGAUUGGUAUACAUUUUCUAACUCUGUUCUAAGGUAUGGUUAUGAGUAUAAAAUAUGUCAAUAAACUGUGGGUGAUAAACUGUUGUGGAUAUGUAGGAAGGAGAAUGAAUCAUGCGAUGGAAAUAACAUACCAGGUGGUAAAAUAUCUUAAAAUACUAAUGUAUAAAAUGUAUAUAAGAGUGAUAUGUAAUGUUGUAUCCUACGUGCAUUGCCUUUGUAAGAUAUAAAGGAAGAAAAGUCUGCCAUUGUUGAGUACAGUAGCAGUGAUUUAGCCCAGUGAGCCGUGGCACUGUGGGAUUGCACGCCUGCUGCAGUAAAGAAAAGUUGACUUGAGGUCACACCGCCAGCAGUUGGCGCUUAUAAUUUAGCAGAGCAGCACACAUGCGCAUCAUGUAGCCUGAGCUGUCAUCACAGAAGGACACGUGAGGUAACCACACAUGUAAAUGCGCUUUAGGAGCACAACAGGGCACCCCCGGCUUAUUUGCGGCUCCCAAUGUGCCCUCCCCAUGUGUUGUCUUCCCCGAAUAUUCACACACUGUUAGCAGCAGAAAGCUAACUCUGCUCUGUUCCACCUCCACGUACAAUAGUCUGCACCUUUAAGCCCGUGAGUGCACCGGGUUCAUGUGUCCGUAAAGGCGCACGAUAUGAGCGAAUGGUGCUGUGAGCGCAGGCUACAGCAGGACAGUGUACCUACAGUAACCUGGCGGGUCCACCAAAAAAAUGUCUGUGUCUUUAAAAAGAAGUCUUUACCGAGCGGGGCAUGAUGUCAGGCUGCUUACAGUCCGUAUACUGUUCAUGUGAGCGGCGUUCACUUCCUGCACAGGGACAGACAGAAGCGGGCAGGGAGAGAAAGAGAGAGUGGGAUAGAGAGAUGGGGGACGAAGAAGAGUGAUAGAGUAGAGAGUGAGCCAGCGGACGAGGGGGAACUGGGCCUGCUGCUUCUUCUUUUCUUCUUUUUUGCGCAAACUUUACGCAAAAGGUUACCCGGAGAGCAAACCUGCCACAUCUGCGCCAGCUGACAACCCGCAGUUUAUGGACCAGCGACAUAUCGGAUGCCUCUCUCAGCGGCGGAGUCUGCAGUAAAUAUCUGAAACCACAUCUUCAGCUUCCUCUGCAGCCAACAUGUCCCAGCUGCUCCACGUGGAGAUCCCAAACUUUGGAGCCACCGUUCUGGGCUCCCUUAAUGAGCAGCGCCUCCUGGGACACUACUGCGAUGUCUCUAUCCUCGUCAAAGGCCAGGCGUUCAAAGCCCACCGGGCUGUUUUGGCUGCCAGCAGUCUUUACUUCCGUGACCUCUUCAGCAGCUCCACCAAAUCCGAGUUUGAGCUGCCUUCCUCAGUCACACCUGUUUGCUUUGAGCAGAUCCUCACUUUCUGCUACACAGGGAAGCUAACAAUGGCAGCUAGUGAACAGCUGGUGGUGAUGUACACAGCUGGCUACCUCCAGAUUCAGCAUAUAGUUGAAAGAGGCAUGGACCUAAUGUUCAAGGCGAACUCCCCGCACUGUGACUCGCAAACAGCCGGGAACUUAGAGGAGACAGGAUCUGAGCCGCAGAGUCCCUGUAACAAUGGGAACGGACUAGCAGUGGCGGCCCUAUUGGGGAAUCCAGGGUGGUCUCAGUCCCUAAUGCCACCACGGAAGAUCAAACUGGAAGGUGGCGACCCCAUGCCUCUGACAGUGCCCUCCACGCAAAGCAAGAUUUCAUCAGAAUUGGGGAGCCGCCUGUCGAGGGUGAGCUCGCUCUUCUACACGGCUGCAGGUGGGACCUCAAUCCCGGGCGUUCCUCCUUACCACCUCCAAGGGGCCGGCGGUGGUGGGGCCGGAGGAGGAGCAGAAAGGUCCAGUCCUGGAGCAUCCAGCCUGCCGACCACUGACAGUCCUACCUCCUACCAGAAUGAGGAUGAGGAGUUCGAAGAAGAGACCUACGAUGGGAUCACCGAGGAAGCCUACAGUCAUCUCUAUGGACGCUCAGCUAACCCCUACGGCAUCCAGGACAAGCCUGACAUAGCAGCAAUGCCCUUGGCCUUGGAGAACCGCAACUGUGUGCUGAUCCGCAGGGACCUGGUGGCUCUGCCUGCAAGCCUCAUCAGCCAGAUCGGCUACCGCUGCCACCCUAAACUGUACUCUGAGGGAGACCCUGGGGAGAAGCUGGAGCUAGUAGCUGGUACACAGGUGUUCAUGACUCGAGGCCAGCUGAUGAACUGUCAUCUAUGUGCUGGAAUCAAACACAAGGUCUUGCUCCGCCGCCUGCUAGCAACAUUCUUUGAUAGAAACACUUUAGCCAAUAGCUGUGGGACAGGGAUCCGUUCAUCUACCAGUGACCCCAGUAGGAAACCCCUGGACAGCAGGGUCCUCAACGCUGUCAAACUCUACUGUCAAAAUUUCAACCCUAACUUCAAGGAGAGUGAAAUGAAUGUGAUCGCCGCCGACAUGUGCACAAAUGCGAGGCGUGUGCGCAAGCGAUGGCUGCCCAAGAUCAAGUCUAUGCUGCCCGACGGCAUGGAGGUGUACCGCGCAGGAAUGGGCAUGGGUGCUGCUGCUGCUGUGGGUCUGGGCCUGGCGCUGGGUGCCCCUCAACAAGGGCUGCCCCUCCCUUUUGAGCACGACUUCAAGGCCUUAGAGCAAAGGUUGUAUCCAGAUCGCAAGGACCCUCUCAGGACUCAUCAAGCGCUGACGGAGGGCAGCCCCGGGUCCGGAGGAGCUGGAGGAGAAGCAGAAGGGGAAGGCGAAGGGGUGCCUCACGAGGAGCAGGAGGAAGACGAAGAUGAAGCAGGGUUGGAGGGGGUCGAAGGGUCACUUGGGGCGCCAUCUUUGAUCCCAGGAGCAGAGGUGGAGGGUUGUAGCGACAGGCCGCCUGAGCAGGAGGUGGAAAGUUUUGGACAAGGAAUGAGGGUGAAUGGACAGUGAAUGCCUCUCACAUUGUGAAAUCUGUUUAACACCGCUUUUCUUUUUGCUUGCUCUCUUACUCUUAACAUCUCGCCCACCACUCUGUCUUCUCCUCCGUGCUUCCUCAACAGCACAAAAAAAUCUGCGCUCCUAGAUCUUCCUAUACAGGAAUUUCUGUCACACGUGCAUGCGGACACGUGUGCUUGUGUACACACACACGCUGACAGAGAAAGUACAACACUGGCAGAAAAAGCAGACACAGGCAUGAUAUUCACACUAUGAGAAAACAACCCUCUCCGCUCCACCCUUUUCUCCGUAUAUUCUGUGUUUACUCAGUAUUUCUGCACCCACAGCCAUAUCACAAAGGCAUGAUAGUUGAACAAAUGGCUGCAUGAUUCAUCAUUUCAGUGCAAUACAAAAGCAGCAGCUGCUUCACUGGCAGUCUAUGGUGUGUGGUGUUAUGGUUUGUAAAGUGAUUCCUUUUUCUUGGGAAGCUGCAUCUGAAAAUAACCGCCAUGACGUUCGGAGAAGCAGAUCAGAGAAACACUUAGGGGGUAGCGGAUUUUGCAGUUUUCCACCUCUUUUUAUCCUAUUGUUGUAUGUUAAAUAUGUAGGACUAUCUAACAAAGAUCGCAUUAUUAUUAAAGGUCAAGCACUUCAUUAACACCCUUAAGGAGGAAACAUUUCUUUCCUGUUAAUAGAGCGUUUUUGUGGCAAAGAUUAGGGAAAGAUGUUUUCCCCGAAUCCUAAAUACUUCUCCACAAUCUAACAAAUUAUCUAUCACAUGAAGUUGUUUUUUCAUGCAUUUUAUACUCGCGACAAAUCGGAUUAAACUGUCACUGUGAUGCCUGUGUCUGCUUCAAACUGCUGUCCUUUAACUACCCAUAUGCGUACACUUACACACAAACAUGUGCGUACAUCUCUCUCCUUAGGAUACAAGCCUUUCAAUACCUGAACACAUGCGUUGAUCACACACAGUCUGAAAGUAUGAAUAGAACUAUUUAACUUUGAAAAAAAACCUUUACAAUCACUCAUCACCCUGUCUUGGAGAUACAAAGGAAGACAUGAGCAACAUAGUGCAUUAAACCCAAGCUUGCAUGCAUGACUGCAAACAGAGAAUUAAAGAAAACAAACGAAGCCACAGACCUGCAUCCAAAUAAGUAAACAGCUACUGCUGCUUCCAGUUAUGCCAUUUAAUACGCAAAAAAAAGACUUUUUCUGCCAUUUCUCACUGGGAUGUGACAACAGGAGUGACCUGGAUGUGACCCAGGAUUGACUGUUUUUGACAGUGGAAUUUAUUUUAUUUUUCAAAACAGAGCUGCCAAGUCACCGCAAGUUAAAUAGACUGAAUAUACGGUGUAGUAAGGAAGUGAAAGAGAGGCACUAUUUCUGCUAAAAGUGGUGGUGCGGUGAUGCUUCCAUCCUGUUUUUAUCCUCUUCUGUUUGUCGUUUUUUUUUCCCUGGGGUGGGUGAGUUAGGGUUAAGUUAUUGAAUAUGACGUAUAAGAGCAAUUUCUGCUGGCUUUUUGCAUUUGCACUCUAAAACAAAAUGCUCAAGAGUGUGAAACUAAGACAAAAUGUGACUGUACUAAAGACUGAAAAAUGUCCUCCACAUCACUGAUUAUUUAUUCGGUAUGGAGAAUGUGAGUUUGCAAAGGAGAAACCUGGUCUUUCAGACGGUAAAUGUUAACUUUUGGAAGGGGACGGGAGUUAGAGUGAGUCUUACAGGGACCUUAAACCUGUUUAUUUUCUAUGUUGAUAUCUGUUUAAUGCUCUCUGCCUUCUAUUGUCGCUCUUUGCAUUGAUUUUAGGAGAUACACUGUUGUAUGUUGUUUUUUUUCUGAUCAGUGUCUAAGCACAUUUAAUCUGAAUGAACCCUAGAAACACUUCAGAAGUGUUUGAAAAAAUCAAGUGAAUCUAUUGAAAGCAUAAGCUAACAACCGAGCAUAAAAAAAAAAACUGUUCAUGCCCAACUAAAUUUGACCUUUUGUUUAUGCUUCAGAGCUGUGCAACUUGAAAGUCUGGGUCAUGUGUUCUCUAUCAGAGAAGCUUUAAGAUGUCCCUGCACAAGAAACACAGGGUUAGAAAUGGCACUAGGUAACAAAAAAGACGUCUAUGGUAUCUUUUUCUUUCUUCGAAGAGACGUGGAAGAGUAAAACAGGGCUGUGAUGGAGUGGCUGAGGUGAUGAAUGAAUGUAAACUGUAGCACUGCGUUGAAUAGGGAUCCAAGUCUUGAUUGCAUAUAAAACUUUUUAUACAACCCUUUUUCCUGAAUUGUAUAUUCUAAAAAAAAAAAAAGGCCAUAAUAUGAAAUGGAUUGACUGUGAUUUUUUUCUUUUUUACUGAUGUGAACAAGUCUUCCAAUCUGGAAAACAACAGGGAGCAUUUCCCUGGUAUACAGAAAACUGAGCGAGAGUCUGUAUAUAUGUUUGUAUAUAUACUUAAAGAUCUGGAAAAUACCGUCUUUAUCUCCUUUUUAAUUUAUUUUGCUUGGAUUCCUAAAGUUGCUCUUUUGAAAACAGUACGUUGAAAACAGUACGUUUCUGGAGAUUUUUCUUGUUUUUUGUUUUUGGUGACUAAAGUUAAAGUCUUCCCGAAAUGCGUACGUAAAUAAUUUUGGAAUGUAGUUUUAACAAAAACAAGGCACUUAACUAUCAUUCUGUCACCCUAACUACUCAAACCUGUGAAGUUUGCUGUUAAACUGUGCAAAAAGUGCAACACUUAACUCUCUCUCUUUAUAUUUACUACACACUGAAUCUGCUCUUCGGGUUAAACUAAGAUUCAUUUCCAACAGGCAAAAUUUUGCAUGGUCAUCACUUUUACUCGAUAUAACAAUGACUCAAAAUAAAUGAAAGCAGUAAAAAAAAUAAAAACAUAACCUUGGUUGGAAACAUUGAGAUAUUCACCCAUUCCACUCUGGUGAUAAAAGGGUGUGGAGCAGUGCCUUAGACUGUGACUGUGUGGGUGUGGAUGUUGUGACGUGAACAUUAAUGUAUCUAUAAAGGUAAAAAUGCAGAAAUGACAGAUUUUUUUUUAACCUUAAGACAAAGCUAGAAUUCUAAAAAGUAAGUCUCCUAAACUUAAGCUGAUUUUAUUCCUUCAUUUUUAUGUAUUGUCAUCAUUCUUUAAGAAGAAAGUGGCUCCAACCAAUAUAGUCUACUUAAAGCCCCUGUGGGGAACUUUGAUUUUGGCGCCCCCUGUGGACAAAACGGUACCUCUUGCACCUGUCCUGACGUCGCCCUGUAUAUGUUGGUUGUGUUUUCUUUAAAAAAGGGUACAUCUAAAACAGCUUCCUCAAAACAGUUAAAUGCAUCUCUCACUGUGAAUACUCCCUGUUGAAAUAGUAGAAAAAAGGCUAUCUCUUCAGGGUGCUGUAAAAAAUCUCAUCUGAAAAACUGUUUGUAUUUUUAUUUGAAUGCUAGUGGUUACAGGCAUUAGAAAUUCAAAUAUAGAAAUAGUCUUGUCAUUAAUGAUCUCAAUAUCACUGUCAAUUUGAAACUGUUUCAACGCCAGUCAAAAACUUCCCACCAGGGCUUUAAUUGAUAACAUUUAGAGGCAUUCAACAGCCAUUAAAUUAAAUGGAUUCUUCAUAUUUUAAAAAGUUUUCCUCAGAAAUAAAAUUCCAUCUAUUCAUCUUAUUGAUGGAUUCUAAUUUGAGUACAGUGUGUCCACUGUUUGUCUGCCUUACUGCAAAAAAUGCCAACCAAAAAAAACCCAACCCAUCCUUAAAGUAAUAACUUCUCUUCUGCUUAGGACCUUUUUUUUUCUUGUGCAGGGUGAAUUUGAACAUAAACAAUGUUGCACUAAAACCAGAAAUUCUCUGAGAAUGUAAUGGCUAACCCUUUGGAACAAUGAGCCCUAAGUGGGGUGGUUGCGAGAAAGUAAUGUAUGAAAUUAAAUGUAUUUUUCCUGUAUCUCUGAAUUGAAAGCAGUGUCUCCUUCACAGCAAAUAGUCUUUUUGUUUUAGUGUCAUGUAAAUGGUCACUGAAAAUGUCAACGUAAGAGAUGGAAGGUGAGGACUGUUGGUCAAAAGGAAACUAUUUUCACAAAUAAAUUGUAACUCACUUUGUAAAAAAACAACCUGCUCUGUUCAUCCCCCAUAACUGUCAAACUGAUGGGCGCGGUGGUGUUUGGUGGAUGGAGUGAUUUAUCUUAAAACAACACAUCUAUAUGCAAAGAGACACUUGUAUCAUAAACUGCAUGCCACUCAGACACUCACUGGAACCCGAUGAAACCUCUGAUCUUUAUGCACCAUGUAUUUUAUGCUGAAUAACUGUUGUCACUGUUAGCAAACAAAGACGAUGGAGUCUUGCAAUGAGAGGGGUUGUGUUUUUUUUUAGCGCACACCCUGGCCUUUUAUUUUGAAUGUUUGAUAAAGUAGUGAUAAAGAGUGGAAUUACAUUGACUAACUACCCAAGUUGAGUGUGCAGACGAAUCUGCAGCAGACUCAGAGAAAAAUGCACUAAAAGUUUGUAUGUGUAUGUGUGUCUUUGAAAAAUAACGCCAGCACUUUAGAACUACUUAGAGAAAAUGAAUCAAGAGUGGACGAGGGGUUAGGAGGAGGAAACUUUUAAAGCCAUGUGUUCAGAGCGCUGACAAUCAGAAUAGGAAUGAGACCCAAAGUGCAUUAUGGGAGAUCUGACAUGACUUGCUGUGCUCUUUGCUGUCUGCUUUGUCUUUCUCCGGCUUGCUUUGGUCUGUGCUAGCUUACUUUCCAGAGUGGAGGGGACGUGGUGUUGCUAACUCCAGCCUCUUUGGUUAAAGUGUGUGUCUUUGCAACAAGGACUGAUGGACAUUUGAGUGACACCUUGGUGCUUCUGAACAGAGCUGUCCCGUUUGGACAUAUUGGACUAUAUAUUUGUUAUGCUCUGGUUGGCAUGUGCUGAACCAGGCAAUUUGGGAUGGGACAAUUUCAGUGUUGAUACUGCUCUAUGUUUCAAAAUGUUAAAAUGUUUAUGCGCCUUCUGACUCAAGCAUCAAUAAUAUAUACAACAGAAAUGCAAGUUGCCACUUUUGAUGUUGCAUAAGAAUCUACCUUUCAUUCCCGUCAUGGUAUCUACCAUCACCAGUUUCAAUUGUGUAGUCCAAGAGUAUCUGAUUUCUUUAAAUGCAAUACAGAAAAAUCUGCUUUCUAAUAAAAGUCCUGACUUCACCAAACA